AUGGCAAACCUGAAGCACCUCUUCUCUUUCAUCAUUCUCUUCUUACUCAGCCUUGGGGGUAAUAAACAGUCCAUGGCAGAUGAUAUGAUAAGAGUGGGCGUAGUUCUUGAUUUGAACUCCACAGUGGGAAAAGUGGCAGAGAGCUACAUAUUGAUGGCGGUCUCUGAUUUCUAUGCUGUGAAUGCUAAUUAUCGAACUAGACUCAGUCUUUUUACCAGGGAUUCUAAGGAUGAUGUUGUUGGUGCAGCAUGUGCAGCUCUAGAUCUGAUGAAGAACGAAAAAGUGUAUGCCAUCAUAGGACCUCAAAGUUCAGCACAAGCUAAGUUUGUUGCAAAACUUGGUGAAAAGGCUCAUGUUCCUAUCCUUUCUUUCUCAGCCACAAGUCCCUUUCUUUCCACAAAUUAUAACCCAUUUUUCAUUCAGACAACCCAAGAUGAUUCAACUCAAGUGAAAGCCAUAGCUGCCUUAAUUCAAGCUUAUGGUUGGCGAGAAGUCAUCCCUAUCUAUGAAGACACAGAAUAUGGCACUGACUUAAUUCUAUAUUUGAUAGAUGCUUUCCAAGAGGUUGAUGUUCGAUUUCCUUACAGAAGUGUCAUUUCUCCAUCUUCAAAAGAUAGUGAUAUUUUAGAGGAGCUUAACAAAUUAAAGGCAAUGCAAACAAAAAUAUUCCUUGUACACAUGACUGCUUCUCUUGGCUCAAAGCUUUUUGUACAUGUAAAGAAUUUAGGAAUGAUGAAAGAAGGGUAUGCAUGGAUAACGACACAAGGGCUAUCAAGUUUGUUAGAUGCUAUUAAUUCAAAGAUCAUGGACUCAAUGCAAGGUGUUUUGGGAAUUAGGCCAUAUAUACGAAUUUCGAAAGAUCUUGAAGAUUUUGAAAGAAGAUGGACAACAAAUUACACCUCAACAAAAACAAACUACAAGACUUUUGGGUUAAACCUCUUUGGAUUACGAGCAUAUGAUACAGUUUGGGCAUUGGCUAUGGCAGUGGAGAAGGCUAAUAUAGAGCAUUCUAGCUUUUUGAAGCAAAAUGCUAGUGAAAGUAAAGUAGACCUUGCAGCCAUAGGAGUUUCUGAAAUUGGUCCAAUGCUUUUCAACAAAAUUGCAAGCACUAGAUUUCAAGGCCUUAGUGGGUACUUCAAUUUGGUUAAGGGACAGAUGAAAGCUUCAACCUUUGAAAUCUUUAAUGUGAUAGAACGAAGGGAGAGGAUUAUUGGAUAUUGGAACCCCAAGAAAGGUCUUUCACAAGAAAUAGAUGACAUUAGUGAAAUAGCAUACUCAAUAUCAAAGGACAAACUUAAGCCACCAAUCUGGCCUGGAGACACAACAAACCAGCCUAAAAAGUUGAAGAUUGGGAUUCCAAUUGGAGAUGGUUUUAAUGAGUUUAUAAAGGUUCAAUGGUAUCCUCAUGAUGGUAAACCAAAAAUAUCUGGGUUUUCAAUUGACGUGUUCCUUGCUGCACUGGAUAUAUUACCCUUUCCCCUUCCACAUGAGUUUGUACCAUAUGCGAACAAUAGGCAGAGUGCAGGAACUUAUGAUGAACUUCUUUUCCAAAUCAAACUUAAGAAGUUUGAUGCUGUGGUUGGAGACACAACAAUUGUGGCUAGUCGCUCCUCAUAUGUGGAUUUUACAUUACCUUAUUCUGAAUCAGGUGUGUCAAUGGUGGUUUUGAUGAAAGAUGAUGAAAAGAAGAAUAUGUGGAUUUUCUUAAAGCCACUAAGCUGGGAUCUUUGGUUAGCAACCAUUGCAACCUCCAUUUUUAUAGGGUUGGUAACAUGGGUUCUUGAACGCCAUGUAAAUUCUAAGUUUGGAGGGCGCCUUGAUCAACAAAUUCGCACGAUUUUCUUGUUCUCCUUUGCAACACUCACCUCUGGUCAUGGGGAGAAAGUGGUCAACAGUUUGUCAAGAUUUGUACUGAUCUUAUGGACCUUUACGUUACUCAUCCUAUCACAGAGUUACACAGCAAGCUUAACUUCAAUGUUGAUGGUACAAAAAUUGAAACCUAAAUUUGUUGAUGUGACUGAGAUAAAAAGGAAUGGUUACUUUGUAGGAUAUCAUAAAGAUUCCUUCGUUAGAGAGCUUCUUGUAGAACAGUUAAAUAUCGAUGAGUCCAAGCUAAAGGCUUAUAGUACUCCUGAGGAGUAUGAUGAAGCACUAUCAAAUGGAAGUGAUAAUGGUGGUGUAGCUGCUAUUGUUGAUGAGAUCCCAUACAUUAAGCUCUUCCUCUCGAAAUAUGGCUCUCGGUAUGCAAUGGUUGGACCAAUCUACAAAACUGAUGGAUUUGGCUUUGCCUUUCCGUGUGGAUCCCCUUUAGUCUCUUACAUUUCAAGAGCAACCUUGAAUGUCACUGAAGACAAAGAUAAGAUGACAGAUAUUAUGCGGAAAUACUUUUCAAGUCAAACUACAUCUACCGGUGAAAGUGGAAGUGCUGAAAUCUCUACAUAUUCUCCUAGUCUUGGUGUGUAUUGCUUCGGUGGUCUUUUCAUCAUAGUUGGAGUGGCUUCUUUGUUUUCCCUCUUGCUAUAUGUGGUGAAGAAGUUCCCUCACUUUCACUGGACAAACGCAAACAUUGUCCCUCUCGAAGGAUCUCUUUGGUUGAGAUUUAUUGAAUUGGUAAAGCAUUUCAGCCAGAAAUGUCUCCAUUCAUGGUCUUUUUUGAGAAAUGAAUCUACACCAAGUCCUAAAGGCUUUGGAGCUUCACUUAGAAUAGAGGAUAUGCAAAAACAUUCAAGGACAAGCAGUGAAGGAGAAGACGAUGUUGCUAUUGAUGUAGAUGACGAAAUUUUGUGA